AUGUGGCCAGUGAUUGUCCAGUUCAUCCGCGUGUACACACCCUACAUCGCUUUGCCCUUCGCUGUUGUCGUAGGCUUCGUCGGUUUCGGUUUGGAAUCGAAGCUACGGAGCCAGGAUCGCCUUGCCAGCACCUCAGCGACUCCCACCAAAACUAUUGAUGAAGUGCGCCUCGAGCGCCGCCUUAAGACCACCGACGAUGAUCUACCCGGUGACUGGGAGGAUGUCCUCACUUCGCCAAAGCUCCGCUACCGUCGUGACCCCAUGUUCGACAAGAACAAGUAG